UAUUUUCAGUUUAUUGGCAUCAAUAAUGGUCAGCACAACAUUGACAACAUUGGCUGGACAAACAACUAGUAGCACUAAUCAUCAUCACCAUCAUCAUCAGCAGCAGCACCUGCAGCCACAUCACCAACAACAGCAACCGCCUCAUAACAGCACUGGUGCUCAGCAGCGCAAUCAUUACGCGCACGGCGGAUUGGAAAACGACUGUGACAGCAGCAACACCUCCAACAGCAAUAGCGGCUAUCAACAACAGCAGCCAUUGAAUUUAUCACAAGCGCUGCUCUCGCCUUCGCCACCGCUGGACGAUCAAAUAAAUUUGCUAUUUCCCAAGUGCCGACCCAAACAACAACAGCAACAGCUGUCGAGCAGUAGCAAUCGACAGCAACAUGAAGCCAGUGUUGAUGUAAAUUUGAACAACACAACAGUAGCAGCAGCAACAGCAGAGAUAACUGGAAGCAGCCCACCCAUUGUCACGUCCAUCAGCACGCCUAGCUACUAUAAAAGUGUGAACAUAAUAACACAGUCUCCUCCACCGCAUUCAACUUCGUCCCGCUCAUCGGAGUCGCUGUCAUCGGUCACGCCGCGCAUAUCGACAAAUCCAUUUUUGUGCGCACCACUGACAUUACCAACACCGCCAGCUUUUACAGCGAAUGGUGGCGAUACGAACGUCGACGGUAUUCUAUUAACAGAGGACGAGGGAUUACUCAAGCCACCAGAGCAGCAACAGUUUAUUGAAGAAUCGGUGCCACAGACGCCAUAUCCCGCAUCCUUCUACUAUCACACGGGCGAUACAAGGCGUAGCCACAGCUAUACAAAUAUGCCGCGAAAACGGAAUAGCGCCUUAUCAGUCAACAGGCAACACCAACAUCAUGCGCUACUCAACGCCUCCAGCAACAACAGCAGCAGCAACAACAUCGGAAACGGAACUACAUCAAACAGUCAAAAUCCGUUUAUCAAGGAGAACUACUGGGAGCCGCCCACUACACGUGCUAGCUCGUUGUUGAAAUCGCCUACGGAUUAUCAUGAUGAGUAUCAACAGAAGAAACGGCAAGAACAGCAGCAGCAGCAGCAACAUCACGAACAACAGCAUAUGUACGCCUCGGCACGACGAGCCUAUCAUCAACAAAGGGAACAACUUGCGCCUCAAUUAUAUAGCAUCGGACAGAGGCAAAUGCAAACACAAGCUCAGUCGCAAACGCAAACGCAGUCGCAAUCGCAAUCGCAAUCUCAGUCACAACCGGAGAACAUUCAAGCGCCACGCUCCUUACGUGCGGGUCGCAGUCCCGUUACUCGCAACUUGUCAGCUGCUGCUUUUGAUACGCAGCAGCAGCCGACGCUUAGCACCAGCAAUCCGUGCGCCGAGGGGCUAACUCCAUUGGCUAGCCACUAUCUGUAUGGCAGCAAAUUGUCCCUAGAUCAGCAUCCAACCGAUUGUGAGCCGCGUGAGCAGCAUAAGCAAAGGUUGCGUGAAGAACGUGAACGCGAAAGAGAUAGGGAACGAGAACAUGAACAAUUGCUGCUAGAACAACAACAGCAACGGCAUCUGCAACUGCAAGAUGCGCAUACAACUCGCGAUAACCACUUGACCCACCUUGCUUCAGCACAAAAACAGCAGCAGCAACAAUGUAAACGUCACGUCAACAGCAAUGAUCGAGAUCAUCGAUUGAUUAACAGCAUUGCCAAUGAAUCAACUGUCAGCAGCUAUGGAGUAGCCGAUACCUCAGAGAGUUGGCAACAUUUACGGGUAACGACCAAAUCGAACGCCCUACUGCCAGGGGAGAUCAAAAGCAGCAAGCAGCAAACAGCUAACAAAACCCAGCCAGGCAGCCAAGAUCACGCUCAUAUCAUGUUUGAGCCAGCUACGCGACGCAUGGUGGAUGAUGACGAAGCCUGGCAGCUGGAAAGCAACUACACGCUGGCCGUUGAGUCGCGUCAUGGCAUCAUAGAAUACGAGGGCUCCCCAAGACGCAUUGGCGUUGCGAUGAGCAACAGUUCCGCUGAAGACGAGCCUGAGCCACCAGCUGACACAAUAAAAGCAACUGCAACUACGCCAACAAUGGCACUUCUGCAGCCCAUCAGUUGCAGUACAAUUGGAGCCAACUCCUUCCAGAAGACAUCGGCUCGUACAGCACUUGCUGCGCUUGCCCAGUGCCAGCCGUCGCAACAGCCACAGGCAUAUCCUGUUCGCCCCGGCUUCCCACAGCGCAUACUAUCGUCACCGCGUGAGCUGCACAGCAGCUCCCCCAUACAGCCGCAGCAACAGCAUUAUAACUAUGGUAGUAACCAUAGCAAUAAUAACAACAACAACAAGGCAGGAUGCAGUGACAACAAUGCCGAAGAUACAAGUAAUGAUGUCUCUGAAAUUGGCACCAUAUCCGACUUAACUACGCCAGAGGCACUCAUUACGGCCACGCCCAACGAACUCACGAGCUGUGCGGCCACUUCACCGCCACCCGAAGCACCAACACCAACCGCGAUAGCAGCAACAACCACGUUGGCGGGAACCACAACAACAGAAAUUGCCAGCAACUCUUCGGCCAUCGAUACAACUCCAGGUCCAUUAGGCCUGCACACCAAAUCUUCAACAUUUGAUUACCUCUACGAAUUUUCGGAGACGCGCAAAGUACUAGAAGAGUUCUUCAAGUGUCCGUCGAACGACGAACAGCCCAUUUUGGAGAAUGGCAGCGAUGUGGACAGUAUUGACAUACAAUACGAAUUUCACAGAAACUUUGAACGUGACGAGGAGGAGGAUCUGGAUGGCGACGCAGAGGAAGGUGACGAAAACGAGGAGAUAGAGGACGAGGAUGAUCAUAUCGAACAGGAUUAUCGUCAGCAACAUCAACAAGUACAAUUGAUGCAACAGCCACAUACAUCCGAUCGCCAUGUCUAUGGCACGUACACACAGUCGCAGUUACAACUACAGGCGCAGCUGCAAUCACGGCCCGCACAGAUGCCACGACAUUACAGCGGCAGUCCAUUAAUGCGGGACUUUGACUUUUUCCUUGAAUCAGCAAGUCGCAGCAGCGGCGAACGAGAGGGCGAACAGGAUGGGCUCAACCACAACCAGUUACUCAGCACCGGUAGUGGCAGCGGCUUGGGUCAAAGCGGUGGCCAGGGCGUGAGUGUUGGCUUGACCGGCACUCAUAAUUAUCGCUACUCGCCGGAGACCACCGACUAUGAUUCCAACUGCGGCGACCUUGACAGCCUCUCAGGCGAGAUGAAUGGCGGCGUGUCCACAUCUUGUUCAAACUAUGCCAAGUACUAUUCCUCGGCUAUGCCCGUUUUGGAGGAUGGCCUCUCCUCGGGACACACAAGUGACACAGAGAACAAUAAUAACAAGAACCAAAUACAGCUAGGUGUCCAAGCAAAUGCGGGUCAGGGUCAGGGUCAGGGUCAGGGUCAGGGUCAGGGUCAGGGUCAGG